AUGAGUAAUGAGAACGUGUUGUUGACACAAGGAGGUUACAUUUUUCCUGGAAGCAUUGGAUCCUACCAGCCAUCUCCUCCAUUGGCCUCAUAUAAUGUUUUCCCACCUCAACAUAUUUUGUCAUCGCCUCCACUUGUGUCUGUACCCAGUGUGGAUUUCUAUGGGAGGUACUCUCGUCUACCGCCCUUGAACUCGCCAUCCAGUGAUACAUCUAGUACCGUGGAAAGAGAUUUUCGUAUCAUACCUUGGGAUGAAUUGAAGUCUCUAUUAGCAGAAGAGUCGUCUGAUGUAAGGGCGGAGUCGGGUCUCCUCUCGGAUGGUCGUGCUUUUGCACAGCGAUCACCCAGAAGAGAUGCGUACUUUCUUUUCCCUUCUAAGUCGGCAUAUAUCUUGUAUUUUACGCAUUAUUAUUUUUCAAGAGAAAAUUUGGACCGUGAUCAGACCAUACGCGGUAUGAUGCUAGAUAAUUGCGCGAUUGCGAUUGACAAAAUAAUCGAAGCUCCGCGUCUAGCUUCUAUCGGUACUACGAUUGAUGAUAUGAAGGUGGCUGUUGAAAGCGGGAGCAAUAUCCUCUGUGUGUUGAAUGCCCCUGAUGGUCGUUGCUAUCUGCGGCGUAUAGAUGGGUACCCGGGCAACAUGCAAACUGUGCAUAGUGCUUCCACUUUACCAGUUGAAGCAGGAACUCGUGCUUCCUUUGAUGGUUCUUUGACCCGUGGCCAGAUGACCGAACGGCCCGUACCAUCCACAUCAGCAGAUUUGGAAUUUGUUUCGAAUUUGUCCGCAAUGCUGGCUCCCUCAAUUUAUGGUGUCCAGGGUCCAAGUCCUAUAGAUGCGAGUUUGAUAUAUCCCACACAGAAUGCUUUCGUUCGCCCCGGAACUAGACCACCCUCUGCGGCGGCUCCAGUUGCAGCCGCAUCGGCCAUAAGCACGAUCAACGCAGCUAUGGCUGGGAUGAACCUAGGUCAGCCUACACCUUCGCAUCAUCAUCCAGCUCAGGUUGCGCCGCAUUUGCUUACUCAACUCGCUGCCAUGCCGCAGCACUUAGCGGCUACUCUUGCGGCUAUUAAUCAGAGAAAUCCGGUGCCUGCGUUCCCGGUCUCAUUCGGUCAAAAUCCAUUCUCAACCGGUCAAGGCAGAUCCACUGCUCCGACUCAUGGUCACCAAUCGCAAAUUUUUCACCAUCAGCAGCAGCAUCGGCGGGCAACGCCUCCUCCACCAACAUCCGUGCCACCACCUCAAACUACAUCAGCGGCAAGUGUGGCGGCCAAUGUCUUGAAUCUUCAGCUUCCGGGAGCACCUUAUAAUUUUCAAAACAUGCAUGAGGCCGCUUCGUCUGCCCAUUUUGUGCAUGGUUACCCUACGCACACCUAUGAUUCGUGGAUUCCAGAAGUGACUAACGCGGCUUUAGUCAACAAUGGCAUACAUCUUCAAUACUCUCCACACAUUGUUGCUUGGCCUCCACAGAGCCAGCCUACUCAACUUAGGUCAACUUCUUCUUCUUCUGUCUCUUCUCAGCAUCCAUCAAUGUCUAUACAGCAACAGCAACCAAUGCAUAUGUAUCCCCCUUCCGCCAAUCUCUCACCAGUCAAUCUAGUGAAUAGUUCAAAUGCAUCUUCUGGUCUGAUGGCUCCUCCUGCGAACGCAUCAACCUCGGUGAUUGAGGCAACGGGGGCAAAAAGCGCAGCACCUGCUCCAGAAAAUUCAGGCAAUGAUGAAAAAAUCGUCGCUACUUCCGCCGCCGCUUCCGUUACGGCUAGUAAAGCUACCAACUUGGGGCCCACUCAAGCCUCUUCCAGUAAAGACGAUUCAGUGAACACGGCUGUGAAAGAAGCUGGGAGUGUGGAGACAGUGAACAGAAGGCCGGCACAACUGGCUCAACAAGUACAUUCGCGACCUAAUAGCAGUGGUAGUGGCAAAACGAAGUUCAAGUCGGGUAAAGGUGGGCAUCAUCAGAGAGUGACACAUUCAAACAGGAGUCCGCCUAGCGUUUCUGUUGUCAGUACUGGUUCAUCGACGGGCGCAUCUUCUGUCGCUGCUGCAACGUCUUUGAAGGAUGCAGCCGCGUCAAUGACUUGCAUAGCAUCAUCUCAUCUUUCCUCUUUUACUCGAUUCUGUCAUGAUGGAAGCCCUGUCCCCUACUUCCCCCCUUCCGCUCUUUAUCUUCUCAACAUAGGCGUACUUUGCUCCUGGCCAAUCUUCGAUCUCGAUCAUUUAUACACCCUUUCAUUCUCCGUCCUACGCCCCUCAGCCAUCUAA